UUCAUCUUAUAUUCUUACAUGAACUAGCUGGUUUCUUCAGUUUGAAAAAAUAAAAUCAUCAAUCAAAAACCUUUCUUUUACUAAGUUUUGUAAUAGUGUGGGAAAUGGAGAUAGUUUUCUCAGUUUGGAUGGUGUUGAGUGUUAUUUUGGGAGGUUUAUUGGCAUUUUUUGGAAUCUUGAAAAAUGCAAAUGAGUGGUUUUAUGUGAGAAGGCUAGGAAAAAAGAGAGAUUUGCUUCCUCCUGGUGAUAUGGGUUGGCCUUUCAUUGGCACACAAUUAUCUUUCCUUAAAGCCUUUAAAUCCGAUAACCCGGAUUCUUUCAUCUCCACCCUUGCUACAAGGUUUGGACCAACAGGAAUAUACAGAGCUGUAAUGUUUGGAAAACCAUGUGUUAUACUCACAACACCUGAAUCCUGCAAGAAAGUUUUAUCAGAUGAUGCAACAUUUGGACCUGGUUUUCCUGAAUCAAUCACAAAACUCAUGGGGAAGAAGGCAUUUCAUGGCAUAACUCAGGAAGAACACAAGCGUCUUAGAAGGCUAACCACAGCUGCCCUUAGUGGUCAAGAAGCAUUGUCAAUUUACCUCAAACACAUUGAAGAAAUCACCAUUAAUUCUCUGAAGGAAUGGGCUGGAAUGUCGAGACCUAUCGAGUUCUUGACUGAGAUGAGGAAGAUUGCUUUCAAGGUGAUUAUGUUUGUUAUGGUGGGUGAUACAAGUACUGAUCAUUUUAUCAUGGAGGCAUUGGAGAAGGAGUAUACAACUUUGAAUCAUGGGUUGAAGUCCAUGGCUAUUGAUCUGCCUGGCUUUGCUUAUCACAAUGCCCUCAAGGCUAGGAAGAACUUGCAGAAGAUAUUCCAGGGAGUGGUAGAUAAAAGAAGGAUAGAAGAAACAAUGGCAAAUAAGCAAGAAGAAAAGAAAGAUAUGUUGGAUAUGCUGAUGGGAAUUGAGGAUGAGAACAAGAGUAAAUUGAGUGAUGAGGAGAUUGUAGAUUUGAUUAUCAUGUUUUUAAAUGCUGGACAUGAAUCCUCUGGUCAUGCAGCUAUGUGGGCUGUUGUGCUCUUACAAGACCACCCUGAAGUCUUCCAGAAAGCUAAGGAAGAACAAGAACAUAUUGUAAACAAACGACCACCAAAUCAGAAAGGACUGACAUUGAAAGAAACAAGACAGAUGGAGUAUCUAUCCAAGGUAAUUGAUGAGACACUACGCGUGGUUAACAUCUCAUUUACACUUUUUAGAGAAGCAACCAAGGAUGUUAACAUCAAUGGUUAUAAUGUACCAAAAGGAUGGAGGAUAUUAACUUGGCUAAGAAGUGCUCAUCUAGAUUCUAACAAGUACCCCAAUUCAAAGGAAUUUAACCCUUCAAGAUGGGAUGAUCCUAAAACAAGAGCGAAUUUCAUUCCGUUUGGAGCAGGAAGUAGGAUGUGUCCUGGACGCGAUUUAGCAAAACUUGAAGUUUAUACAUUUCUUCACUACUUCCUCCUAAACUACAAGUUGGAGAGGAUUAAUCCCAAAUGUCCUGUAAGAUACUUGCCAAUCUCAAGGCCUGAAGACAAUUGUCUAGCCAUAAUUCGAAGGGUGUCAUAAUUACUUACCACAUUAUAAGGAAAAAUUGUUUAUGCUUUUGUACUUUGUUUUUCAUUGUUUGUCAAAUACUGUACUAUGAAUAUGUAACUAAAAUAGUGUUUAAACACCAAAUACAUUUUCUCAAAGCUAUUACCUUUUGGCUUAUAAAGUUGUAUGAAGUGUAGAAAGAUAGGAGAA